AAGAAAAGCUUCUCACUUUUUUAUGCUCACUCUUUUCCUCUUCUCUCAUUUUGCAAACCUAGCAAUCACGAGACACUCCUGAAAUUUCUCCUUUGAAUUCAUCCUUUUUCUCCUUUGCCUAAUCUACUUCACUUGGCUUACAUAACCGUGAAAAUCUCUACUACUUCAUUUUUCUUUCUUCAAUUUUUCUCUCAUUUUUUGAAAUUAAAGAACACACAAUUUAAUCAAUACCUUUCAUUUUUUUUUUCUCUAGUAAUCUUUCUAACUUUUCCCCUGUUUUUAAUUUUUCCUCUGCUUUUUUAUCCAUUUAUUACUCUGUUUUUUUUUUCUUUCCUCUGUUUUUUUUCUUCAAAUAAUGAUGAUCCCAUAUUAUGGAAUUACUCAUUGGGUAUUUCUAUCUCGUAUAAAUCCUUAACAAUUCCAUUUUUCAUGCCACAAAUCAUAACAAAAAAUUCAAAAAACCAUGCAUCUCAAUCAGUUCAUGAAGUUCUUAAAAUCAAUCCAAACAUACAGAAGAAAAACCCUCUAAUAAUUUUCUAUAACACUAGAAUAUUAUUCUUGCAAUCAUCAAAAAAAAUGGAAACUUCAUGCUUUUUUACAUCUUUAAGCUGCUUAAACCUUAGAAGAAGAAGAAGGAAAUCAUUGGCAAUUCGAUCAAUGUCGAAACCACCAAGAAGAAACUGGGAUUUAGAUUCAGAAAGCACGGAACGAAAGCGAUUCGAUAGCUUAGAAUCAUGGUCUAUGAUAUUGGAUUCAGAGAACGUUGAUACAUGGGAAUCAAACAAAGAAGAAAAAGAAGAAUGGACAGCUGAUCUUUCACAGUUAUUUAUAGGGAAUAAAUUUGCUUCAGGAGCUCAUAGUAGGAUUUAUAGAGGGAUUUAUAAACAGAGAGCUGUUGCUGUAAAAAUGGUCAGAAUUCCUACACAUAAAGAGGAAGCAAGAGCUAAGCUUGAACAACAGUUUACUUCUGAAGUUGCCUUGCUUUCCCGCCUUUAUCACCCCAAUAUAGUCCAGUUUAUAGCAGCCUGUAAGAAACCACCAGUGUACUGCAUAAUCACAGAAUACAUGUCUCAAGGAACACUGAGGAUGUACCUAAACAAGAAGGAGCCAUACUCUCUCUCAACUGAAACAAUUCUCCGAUUAGCCCUCGACAUUUCGAGAGGAAUGGAGUAUCUUCAUUCACAAGGGGUGAUUCACAGAGAUCUCAAAUCAAAUAACUUGCUACUCAACGACGAAAUGAGAGUUAAGGUUGCAGAUUUUGGUACGUCGUGUUUGGAAACUCAGUGCCAAGAAACCAAAGGAAAUAUGGGAACAUAUCGUUGGAUGGCUCCUGAGAUGAUUAAAGAAAAGCCUUACACAAGAAAAGUUGAUGUGUAUAGUUUUGGGAUCGUUCUUUGGGAGCUUACUACUGCAUUGCUUCCUUUCCAGGGUAUGACUCCUGUACAAGCUGCCUUUGCUGUUGCUGAGAAGAAUGCUCGGCCACCCUUACCAGCAAGUUGCCAACCAGCAUUGGCUCAUCUAAUCAAGAGAUGUUGGGCAGCAAACCCAAACAAAAGGCCUGAUUUUAGCUACAUUGUUUCUGCUCUUGAAGAAUAUGACGAGUGUGUAAAAGAAGGCCUUCCACUUACAUCACACCGAGGCCAAUUAGUAAGGCGUAAUGCAAAUGCAAUGGUUCAUCGUUUCAAAGGCUGCAUUUCCUUCAAUUCCUCCUCCUCUAUACCUGUACAUGUAUGACCUUCAAACUCUACCAUCUACGUAGGAGGAGGUAGAGGUAUUACCAGAACACGUAAACACUUAACAUUUUUAGAGAUAUAUAAAGAUUAAAGGACUAAAAAGGGGUUAGAAAUUUCAAUUGCGCUUAUAUUCAUCAUCAUAUCUUGAUUAAUUAAUGUUGAUUAUUUUGAAUUUACUAAAGUUUAUGACGGAUCCCCUCUUCUUCUUUGCCUUGCCUAAUUUAAUUGGGGUUACUCCAUGUCAAAUUUAUAGGGGUUGA